AUGGGAUCCGCUUCCCCUCCUUCUACCCUUCAACUCUCAUCUGCACGUGAUCUUCCUUCACUCUCUACUACGCAUCCAAUCAAUGGCACGAACUCACAGCCGCCCGAAGAGACUGCGGGUCCAGAGCCUAAAGCAAAGCAUUUCAAAUCCACAUACUCCGAGAAGAAAGCCAAUGAGGCGAUAGUCCGAGCGGCAAAGGCAGAGAUCAGGAACAAGCUACGAGAAGACUGGGAAUUCCCGCUGCCUGUAGAAUGUCCGACAUUAUGCUUCAAAGUCGAAGAGGUCGAAUGGGUUGAGCGAGAGGCAGACGACGCGAGCUCUCAUUUGGCCUCCCCAAGCGAAAAUAUCGAUCCCCUCGAAUUCCGGAAUCCUAAUCCGUUCGACUUGGGACUAGCUGGCAAGGACUGUAAAGGAAGUACAAUGGGUACUGAAGCUCAGUCGAAUCCUGGCCUUCAGCAUUUCCUCCUGCGACGAGACGCAUGGACUGGAGCUCGUCACCGUCGGCCACCAUCCCCUCUUACUGAUUCCACCUCUCCACGACACCCUCACAUGAACAAUGUUGCCAUGGGCUCCCCCACAUCUACAACUUCCUCUGGCUCACCUUCGUCAUCGAGCACGCUAUGUCCUCCAACCUCGCCAUCAUCCACCGAAACUCUGAAUCCGCCAGAAGCUGACGUCCUAAUUCCUAUCGGACCACCAACACUUCCCUCAACGCACCCAAUCCGUGCAUCAGUAACAUCAGCCACUUACCCAAGUCUUUACAGCAAAAUUGCUAUCCAAGGACUUGCGCCUACAAUUCCCAUCAAUUUGAAAGAUAUGACGCAAGCAUUGGUAGCAGGUUGGCAAAAAGAUGGGGAGUGGCCUCCCAAGAGUGAGGCCGCGGAGAAUGAAUGUGAUGCAAGGAAUGGCCGGUUCACUUCACGCGGCGGUCAUUCCUCGCGCUUAUCGAGGGAUGUGUUGGAUGACUCUAUUCAAAUUGGGGCAAGGACAGGAAAGAAGCUGGCCAGGCGAUCCGUGGGGAGAGUGAAGAAAGUACUGGGGAUGGGCAGUAGUGGUGGAAGCGGUGAUGGCAGGGAGGAAGUGGCCGGAGAGGUAAAAACCGCGGAAGCCGGAGGGCAAGCAAAGUGUGUGUGA